ACGAUGGCAACAGACCUGAGUGCAAGCGCUAUCGGGGGCGUGAGCGCGGGCACUGGCGAUGCAGCCGUGGGGGCGUCUGGUGGGCCCGAGAAUGCGUACGAGAAGCUCUCGAGAGAGGUGCAUCAGAUGCAGAUCACGGGCGCCAUCCACACAGACUGGCUGGAGAACCCCAAAGGAUUUCUACUUAAACCUGACUUUAAACGCAAAGCGCAGCACGUCGGAGCUGGCGGUAAGAAACUCAACAGCUCAAGACUCUUGAGGCUGCAUCUACCGGGCAAUUCAUACAGAGUCAGGUGGUUCGUGCUGGACGGGAUGAUCUUACGGUAUUUCAAGACGAGUACAGAGGAGCAGGAACUGGGCGCGAUCCACUUGACGUCGGUCAAUGCUGUGCUCCCAUCCAGUGUGGCAGACGCCCCUGAACAUGCACUAGAUCUGGUGUGUGCAGAUCGAAUUUAUACAGUCGCAGGAAAUGAUCGAGAAGAUAUGGUGCGCUGGGCGACGGUACUGACACUUGUGCUGCGAGGAGAGUAUAAGCCCAAGUUGAUGUUGAGACCAGAGUCGUCCGUUAUUCGAGGCAGCUCGGUGAUUCCCAGACCCAGUGCCGUAGCCAGAAAAACGGCCAUGACACAGGCGUCGAGGUUUACAGAUGCCAAUGGCAUGCGCAUGACAGGCACGUUGAUGGGGGACGGCGACUCGAAGAGCCAGGGAGACGACGAUGUCAAGGAGAAGAUCAUCACAGUCACAUUCGACCAGCCUGGUCCACUGAAUUUAAUUCUGAGAGGCACAGUGGACGACGAGGUGAUGGUGUGUGGGUUUCAGGACGGAGCUGGACCUGGUGGAGAGCUCGGACCUGCUGAAGCUUCGGGUGUCAUUCGAGUGGGGGACCUGUUGAUCUCUAUCAACAACCACUACUUCACGAACAUUGAGUUCCAGCAAGCUGUUGAAUUGAUCCGAGCUGCUGGACGGCCGCUUACGUUGAGGUUCUCGCGAAUUGACUUCAACACUGCGCCGCCUACAGACACCACGCGCGUGGCAGAAGGAUGGGUGCUGUCCAAGGAGCCAUCAGCACAUCGCUAUCGUAUUCGUAUGUUGCAGCUGCAAGGUGACAAGUUGAAGCUGUACAAGCCCAGCAUGCAGGGCGGAAGAGUAGACGAACCGUGUCUGGUCAUCCGUAUGGAGCAAGUGACGGACAUCCGACCCACCAAUGAUACGCGCGAGGUCGUGACGGCGUUUACUCAGUGUCAUCCGAAGCAGUGGGGUGUCACUCUUGAAGGCUCGCAGAGUAUAUUCACGUUUUACACUAAGAGCCGUCAAGAUAUGGUGCAGUGGGUGGAUUUGCUCAAGAACUCGCCGUUAUUUUCAUCCAAGGCUUCGAGGUUAUCCAUUCCAGUGCAUCCGGUGGCUGUAGUGGAGUUUGAUCCUGUACUGGAGCCUAAGAUAGUGCUUCAAGAUGACGUUGGCAAGCUGGGCGACUUGCUGUCGACUUUUUCUUGCCACUACUUCCUUCUACUGGAAGAUGGCAAGAUGAUGUACUAUGUUACGGCAGACUCAGCUUCUACUCGCACUCGUCCGAUCGGCACAAUACGCUGCGACAACAUCGUCAGCAUCGUGCCGAGUCAGGUGACGGAUGAGUCGAUGCCAGGCGACGAUUCUAACUCGGAAACUUCGUCUAUUGGAGGGAUCACGGAGGAAAUGAUGCCGUGGCGACUGGAGCUGGGGGUCCUGGUCCAGGGCUCAGCACAGAAAUACCGUCGUCCGUUCAUCAUGUGCUUUGCUACUCAGGAGAAGAUGAUGAAGUGGGGGAUUGCUAUCGGCAAAGAGGCCAAGCGACUGACUGGCCAGGAGUACGAUCUGUCGUCUAUCAGUCGACGCGCGUCUCGUAGCAACAGCCAAACAUACGCGCCUCGUCAUUCCGAGACGCCCAUGACGCGGCCGACAAUAUCCAGACUGAUCUCGAAUCCGUCCAAGUACGUCGACCCCAAUGUGAACGAGUCAUCCCGUCUGUAUCGAAGUCUGAAGGAUGUGACGCUGAAGUCAGCCACGCGUGGAUGGUUCUUUGUCAAGAAGCCGCGCAGUGCGGGAUUGAGUGCGUACCAUCCAAGAUUCCUCGUUCUCAUUGACAACCAGUUAAUGUUUUUCAAGUACGAGGUGCUGGAGGAAGAGAGUUUGCACUCGUAUGCCAGCAUGUUGGAUCUCCGCAACAUCAAGGAUGUCAGGGAAGCCGAGUCGGGUUUCCAGGAGAACCUCGACUUCACGAUUCAACUCACUACUGCUGACGACAUCGUCUGGAUGCUGGUGGCGGAGAGUUAUGCGCAGAAGGAAGCGUGGCUGUCGGCAUUGAUCUGGCUGUCGGACUACUACUACCGACCAGGUGACAACGACGACAGCGUCACGACUGCUAUCAAUGACGUAAAGCGGAUUGCACUGAACACUGCAGGUAUAAUGACGUCUAUCCCUGAGUCCGAAGGAUCGAACAGCAUAACGAGUCAGGACGUGAAUCCGAAGGAAGCGGACCGUCUGGCAGCGGCGGGAAUCGCCAAGGAGCGGCUAUCAACCACUGGUCUUGGCGCUAUGCUGACCGACGAUUUCAUGGGAAUUGGCGGAGAAAUCCAGAUCGCAGGCAGAAGGGUGUUUGCCGCCAUCUCCAGUGGCGUCUUCCGCUACUACGACUCCCAGAGCGAUUACGAGAGCGAGUGGGGAGAUGCCAUCGACGCUAUUUCGCUUAAAGAGAUCGAGGAAGUGCACUCGGACGGCUUGGAUUUGGGCAGCUUUGUGGUCAAAGUUAAAGGCGAGAAGGAAGUGCGAUUGGUUGCAGAAAGCGCCAAGCUGGCCAAGCGCUGGAUGCUGGUCAUGUGUUGCUGUGGCGACUUGGUGCUGAAGAAGGCUCCACACGCCGACUACUGGGCUAGUACGAAGCCCAAGGAGGCUUGGAUCUGGAAAUUGGAUCGCUUGUACCAGGUAUUCCGUCGUCGAUACUUCUCGCUACGCAACCACCAACUUAUCUUCUACACUGAACAAGGAGGUCGCAUGCUCGGGAUGAUCUCGUUACCGUGCAUCUUCCACCUUCAGAUGUCGAAAGUGUGGACACGCAGCAAGGACGAGGCAGAUUUCUACCAAUUGGAAGUGAGUUUCGCGGUCCCCACAGCAGCUGAAGAGAGCUCACGGACAGACCAGAUCGGAGAUUUCUACGCUUUCCUCUUGGCGUUCGACACGGAGGAACAGCUCAAGGAAUGGGCGAAGGCUAUCUACGACUGCUGUACGAACUCCAUGUCGUUGAAGGGCAACGCAACGCUGUCGCCUCUGGGGGACAUCCAGGUGCUUCCGAAGGAGCUGCUCAAGACCUCGACGUUUGAUCACAGCGACGAUGCAUUCUUUAAGACUUCUGGACUGCCGGUUGGGCCCACGAUGCCGUCAAAGCGGCCUGUUCCUGAUGCUGCAGUGUCUGCUAGCGAGUUCAGCUCGAGCGGAUGGCUCUACUACCGCACUUCAAAAGAAGAGCGUAUCCGUCUGCGUUACUUUAUGCAGUGGGGCUACGAAUUGUCGAUUUUCAAGCACGAGGUGCUGGCCGAUGAGGCGGCCGCCAUUCGCUACGGUGUGAUCGACUGUCGUGCGCUUGUGGACGUGCGUUUCGCCUACAUCAACUCACCAGAAAACGCCGUCGAGCUCAUUCUUGGAUCGGAAACCAGCGUCAUCAUCAUCCCUCGCACUGACCAAGAAGCCGUCAUGUGGCGGAAUUCUCUGCUGGAUGUGAAGCGCGCUUAUGGACAGUUGGAGUCUGGCAAGAACAAGGAGGAUACGUUCGGUACUGGCGUCUUCAUCAGUCGUGGCAGCACGUUCUCCACGCACAAGGACAAUGAAGAAUUAUUGCGUCUGCAGAUCGAGUCGACCGUCAUUUACUCGUCGAACCUUCAGGACUGGGACGGCCGCAACUGGAUUCCCAAAUAUUUCGUGCUGACGAGCUCGCGUGUGCUCAUGAUGUCUCUGGCGCUGCAUCUUUACGACGAGGAGCCCGAUAUCUUGGGCUCGUUUGCAGCCAAGGACAUCGUGGAGGUUCGUGCCUGCAACGAGAAGGAAGAAGCUGAGACUGGCAACUGCAAAUCUGCGUGUGUCAUUACUCUUCGGCCGCAGUCCAGUGCCUCGGGUGGUGGGAUUCAAACGGUUCCUGACCGCAUGAUCGUCAAAUGCGACUCCAUCGAUCACUGUUUGGAGUGGAUGCGUCUGCUGUGUAGCAGCAAUGGCAAGUUAGAGCUCAAGAAGAACGCUGCUACUGGCUACUGGGGCAGUGUGAACCGUAUAGCGUCGCUUUCUCGUCACCAGAGCUUCCUGGCCACGGCGCCGCUGUCUGCGGCCAUCGCUGCCGCCAACUCGAGCUCUGGUGCAGCUGCACAUGGAGGCGAACGCACGCGACGAAUGACUCGCCAGGAUGCGGCGCGAAAACGUACGUCGGAGCUUAUCAUGAACCGCAAGAGCAUGAUGGGGAUGUGAGCAAGACGAGACGUCAUGUAGUAUCUGCAAUUCAUUUAC